ACUUUGCUUGUUCUAAUUAGCAUUUCUGAGAAGAACAGUUCUCUGGAAGAAACAUAUCCCUUGAAACCACGGUGUUAUUGGUGGAUUGCUCUUCAGUUACCCUCAUGCAGUUUUCUUCCCAGAGAUAAUGAGUUCCAUGGCUGGCAUGAGACUUCGGGGGCUAGCAUCUUCCAAACUCUAUCAACGAAGGCAAGAUCGUCUGAGUGGCACAGUGUCACUCUUGAAUGAUGGGAACGAGAGGGCAGCUGGGAUAUUUGGUAACAUGUCAGAUGCCCUUGCAAAUGCUGUGUGUGAACGCUGUCGGGCUCGUUUUGAUCCUACGGAGAGAAUUGUGAACAGCAACGGGGAGCUGUAUCAUGAAAACUGCUUUGUCUGUGCUCAGUGCUUCCGUCAGUUUCCAGAUGGGCUCUUCUAUGAUUUUGAAGGGAGAAAGUAUUGUGAGCAUGACUUCCAGAUGUUGUUUGCACCCUGCUGUGGAGAAUGUGGCGAAUUCAUCAUUGGCCGUGUUAUCAAGGCAAUGAACAAUAACUGGCACCCAGAAUGUUUUCGUUGCGAACUCUGUGAUGUGGCUCUUGCUGAUUUGGGCUUUGUGAAGAAUGCUGGCAGGCACCUCUGUAGGCCUUGCCAUAAUCGUGAGAAAGCCAAGGGCCUGGGCAAGUAUAUUUGCCAGAAAUGCCACUUGAUCAUUGAUGAGCAGCCUCUCAUGUUCAGGAAUGACUCCUAUCAUCCGGAUCACUUCAACUGCACUCACUGUGGGAAGGAGCUGACCGCAGAUGCCAGGGAGCUGAAAGGGGAGCUCUACUGCCUGCCAUGCCAUGACAAGAUGGGCAUCCCAAUCUGUGGAGCCUGUCGCCGGCCCAUUGAGGGUCGAGUGGUCAAUGCUCUGGGGAAGCAAUGGCACGUGGAGCAUUUUGUUUGUGCCAAAUGUGAGAAGCCAUUCCUGGGACACCGCCACUAUGAGAAAAAGGGUCUGGCUUACUGCGAGACUCAUUACAACCAGCUCUUUGGAGAUGUCUGCUAUAACUGCAGCCAUGUGAUUGAGGGGGAUGUGGUAUCUGCUCUCAACAAGGCUUGGUGUGUGAACUGCUUCUCCUGCUCUACUUGCAAUAUUAAACUCACAUUAAAGAAUAAGUUUGUGGAAUUUGACAUGAAACCAGUGUGCAAGAAGUGCUAUGAGAAAUUCCCUUUGGAACUGAAGAAACGGCUGAAGAAACUGUCUGAGUUGGCCUCCAAGAAAACUCAGCCCAAAGCUCUGGAUUUAAACUCUGCUUAAACAGGUCUGUGCUUCCUCUGACUGCACUCAUCUUCACCAAAUACAGCCUGCUUCACCUGCUAAUUACUUAAGAAUGGCUUAAAGGACCCAAGACAGACAAAAGCUCACCAGUUAUAUCUUGCACCCUGAACGUUUUUCUGCUCAGGUAUAUUGUGUAGUGUUUGGCCUCUGGAAGAAAGCUGCGGUUAUACAUCAGGGAUGCAGAACUGCAGGUCUGGGAGCCAAAUCCAAUUGUCCUAGGGCUCCCGUCCAGCUCUCCGGGGUGCCCAGAAGGCCAUGCCCCCUUCCCAUGACUACUGCUCCUUUGGUGGUUUAUUCCCCCAACCCCAUUCUGAAAGGUUGAAAUGCCUCUCCUAAGGCUUAAUUACUGGCAGUCAGAGCUUUAAGUUAAAAUAUGCUGGCAUUUUGGGGCACAUCCCUUUUGCUUUUGGUCCCACCUACCACUGGAAUGUGGUCCCUGAGACUUUCUCCAAAGUGGAAGCAUCUGUCAGGUAUGCUUUAGGGUGGAUUCCUGCAUCAAGCAGGGGGUUGGACUCGAUGGCCUUAUAGGCCCCUUCCAACUCUACUAUUCUAUGAGUCUAUGAAUUUGGCCCUCAGGCUGAAAGGGAUUCAACACCCCUGUUAUACAUAAUAGUGCACUAUUUCCCCUUUGCAUUAUAACUUUUCUACGCAAGAGAUUUAUCAAGAACUCGUCAUUCCCUAAUCAUACUGUUUACAGGUUCUUUAGAUGCCGAUGUGACCCUCCAGUUUUGCUUCUGUGUCUAAAGAACACUUUUGGCAAGAUUUUUUAGAACAGGGAAAAUGUACUUAUUUGUAAAAGUGAAAGAAAAUGCUUUUUUCAUUUGUGUAUUUGAACUAUUCCACUGUACCACAUUGCCACCUAAAGGUUAUGUAGCAGAAAAGGAGACACCUUUCGUGUAGGGUUUGGAUCUCAAUUCUGCGACAAAACUGAAAGUAGAUACAGUGGAUUAACAGCUCUUAGUUAGGUAUCAUCAUUUUUCACAAUUCUGUACUAAGAUUCAGGCUCGUGCUAUGUGGUUCAUAUUUUUCCCCUCAGCAUUUUAAAAUUAAAAUUAACUUGGUGGCCUACAAGUGGGAACAAAGGAAAGUUAAGUGAAAAUAGGCUGCUUAACCAUUUCCUUCCAAAAAUGGUUUUAGCUUAACGUCACACUCCCAAGCUGCUUUUUCACCAAAGAUGAAAAAGCAUCUUGGACAGAGUAAUUUUAAGCUGAAAAAUUGUGGGGGGAGGAAGGCUUAAGCAGCUUCUUUCUGUUUACCAUUCCUUUGUGCUGACUUGCAAACUGCACAGGUGAAUUCUGGUUUAGUACAGAGAAAAGCACAUACAAAAAUGCAGAGAAUAAACAUGCACAACUUCAUGUAAUGUGUUUUCUAAACAUUCUCUUAAAAUUGCAAGGGACUGAUAUGUGGAAUUAAUGAGAACUAAAUAAUAAUCUUGCUAUUUUUAAUUCAAUCGUUACUUGGCACAAACCUUCAUUGGUUUUAUUAGCUGGCUGUCCUUACUUGCUGUAGUAGCUAAGCUGGAUGUGAUUACUUUUCUGUACCAAUGAAAUACUUCAGCUUCUGAAACUAUUCAUUAUGUUUAAACUAAGAUUAUUCUUCCCUUCUCCACUUCCUCAGAGUCUUAAACAAGGCAUAGAAGAAAAUAAGAUCUGAAUGGACCAAAGUGGCUGCAUUGUAAGCCUAUAAUUUUUAACAGAAGGUGUUUUUGGUGCCUGCAUUUUUAGUAGUUUUGGGGGUGUAGGGAUGGGAUUCUAGGCAUUUUAGAUGUUGUUUCUUCAUUCUUAACAUCGGCAUCAGUGAGUGCUAUAAUGUGAACAAGGUUUUAUAAAAUUCCCAAAAUCUUGCCUAGGUGCAGUUUACCAAACAUUGCACCAUUACAACUAGCUCAGGCUGU